AUGUUCUCUAGAAACUUGCUAUGCCUCCUUUCAGGAGUGGUGUUUCUCACCACUUCUACCUUUGCAGAUUAUUAUCAACCUCCUAAUUCUAAGCCUCCAGUAGAAAAACCACAUGUUUAUAAGCCUCCUACUAAGAAGUCACCCACUUAUAAACCUCCCAUUGAAAAACCACCUGUUUAUAAGCCGCCAGUUGAAAAGUCACCUAUUUAUAAGCCUCCAAUUGAGAAACCUCCUAUUCAUAAGCCACCAGUUGAGAAGCCACCUGUGUACAAACCACCAAUUGAGAAGCCACCUGUGCACAAGCCCCCAAUAGAGAAACCUCCUGUUUACAAGCCACCAGUUGAGAAACCACCUGUGUAUAAGCCACCAACUGAGAAACCACCUAUCUACAAACCACCAGUUCACAAGCCUCCAGUUAAGAAACCUCCUCUGUAUAAGCCCUCAGUUGAUAAACCUCCUAUUUACAAGCCACCAGUUGAGAAACCACCUGUGCACAAGCCACCAGCUGAGAAACCACUGGUCUACAAACCACCAGUUAACAAGCUCCCAGUUGAGAAACCUCCUGUUUAUAAGGGCCCAGUGGAGAAACCUCCUGUUUACAAGCCACCAAUUGAGAAACCACCCAUGUACAAGCCACCAACUCAGAGACCACCUGUCUACAAACCACCAGUUAACAAGCCUCCAAUUGAGAAACCUCCUCUGUAUAAGCCCCCAGUUGAGAAACCUUCAGUGUACAAGCCCCCAAUGGAAAAACCACAUGUUUACAAACCACUACUUGAGAAACCACCAGUUAAAAAGCCCCCAGUUGAGAAGCCUCCAGUUUACAAGCCUCCGGUGAAAAAACCACCUGUUUACAAGACACCAAUUGAGAAACCACCUGUGCAUAAGCUGCCGAUUGCAAAACCACCUGUGUACAAACCCCCAGCUGAGAAGCCUCCUAUUUAUAAGCCACCGUUUUAUGGUCACUAG